UAUUGAUGAGCUAGCUAAAAAAUUGGUAGAGACUAGGAGACAUGUGGACUACACUUUGGUGUUUUUGCUUUUAAAGUUGGUUUUGAUUUUACCGGUUGCGACGGCAAGUGUAGAAAGAGCGUUUUCUGCAAUGAAGAUAAUUAAAACCUCAUUGCGAAAUCGUAUGGGCGAUGAUAUGUUAAGUGAUUGCUUAGUGCCGUAUUUUGAAAAGGACCUCUUUGACAGUGUGCCGAAUGAGAAGAUUUUACAACGAUUUCAGAAUAUGAGAGAACGUCGACAAGUACUACCACGCACUACGGCAUAAUGAUGAUAUGAUUAUGAUUAUGAAGAUUGAUGUACUUGCUGCCCGAGUGUUCCGCUAGUUGCACACGUUUGAUUAAUUAUUGUUGUUUAAAAUUGUAAUCCAUAAACUUGUUUUAAGUUUUAUCCGAUGGCUACUUGAAUUUAUGGUGGAUAGCCUGUGCACUCAAUCAUGUAUAGGUUGAGUGUGGCGGUGACACACCUGUUUUUCCAUUAAAGACUUCCGUUGUACUCUAAAUAUGUUUUAUAAUAAAGAUGUUUUCAUUUCAAAAUGUUA